AUGUCGCUCAUUUCGGCGCACAACUCGCCUAUGAUCUCCAUCCCGAAGAAGACGACGGAGGAGGUGGAUUGGACAACGCCCAUUCGCAACGCGAUUGCUCACUCCUACGGAGAGGAUCCAGAGAACUAUGCUCAGGAAUGUGCGAACCUACAGCGGUGUAGACAGGACGCAGUGAAGGGUGCAGGUAGCGAUAUGACCGCGAAGGACCUGUUGCACAAGUACUUCGGUCAACUCGAGCUCCUCGAGCUUCGCUUCUCAGAAAUUCGCGUCAACUUUCCGUGGCGGGAUGCGUUCACGAACAAGCUCAUAACGCAGACCUCUAUCGCGUACGAGAAGGCGUCCGUAAUCUUCCAGAUCGCGGCGACGCACUCCGCCAUCGCGGCCUCGCAGAACAGGUCCGACCCCGAGGGGCUCAAGCGCGCCUUUUACUACUUCCGCACCACUGCUGGUAUGCUCACAUACAUCAACGACAACUUCCUGCACGCGCCAUCGCUAGACCUGAGUCGCGAAAUCAUCAAGUUCCUCGUAGGCAUCAUCCUCGCGCAGGCGACAGAAGUGUUCUUCGAGAAGUGUACGGACGAGAAGAAGGGCAACGCGCUGGUGGCUAAGAUCGCGGCGCAGACUGCGUUCAUAUACACAGGUUUGACUGAGGAAGUCAAGGAGUUCAUGGGGAAGGGCAUCUUCGACCGCAAUUGGGUGACGGUUAUCCAGGCCAAGGCCAAGUACUUUACCUCCGUAUCACAAUACUACCGCGGCCUAGCGGACAGCGCAGCAGGAAAGCACGGUGAUGCCCUCGUGCGUUUCACUGUGGCCGAGACCACCGCGAAGGAGGCCAACCGUACCGCGUCCUCGUUCGCCUCCGUCUUCGUUACGCAAAUGUCGCCGAAUCUUCCGCCAGACGCGGGCCCUGCCCUACAGGAGCUCACCAAGGCCCAUCUAGCCCUCAUGACGGACAAGAAGAACGAGGCGCAACGCGAGAACGACCUGAUCUACAACGCCAUCCUUCCCGCCCCUGAGACGCUCCCACAAAUUGACAAAGCCGUUGUCGCGACACCCAUCACCAUCCAAGAGGUAUAUGCGUCGCCCGAGGUGCAGAAGGUCAUCGGGCAAGACAUGUUCGUCCGCCUCAUUCCGCUCAGCGUGCACGAGAGCGCAAGCGUCUACUCUGAGGAGAAGGCGAAACUCGUGCGCGGGGAGGUCGAGAAUGCCGAUGCCGCGGAAGUGCAAGUGAAGAGCGCACUCGAAGCGAUGGGCAUCAAGGAGGGCCUGAUGCGCUUCAAGGCCAUCUCAGAGGGUGGCGUCGGAGGCGAGGCGGAGCUUCCGACUGAAGUGAGGCGCUGGAAGGAAGACAUCGCGGUCAUGGAGGAGCGCGAGAGCGUCGAGAGCAUCAUCUCGGAACUCAGCCGGAUGAAGGACACCGUCAAGCACGAACUCGAGACCGUCAGCCGCGACCUCGACGCGGAGAGCAGGGAGUGCGAAUCGAUGCGCGUCAAGUACGACCACCUGUGGACGCAGACGCCCUCGUCGGCGCUCACCAAGUCUCUCCGUCAGGACCUGAAGUCGCACUUCACGGCGCUGGAGGCGGCUGCGCAGUCGGACCAGCAGGUUGUCCGUCUGUGGGAGUCCGUAAGGGGCGAGAUUCAGCUGCUGCUGUCGCCGCAGGUGGAGGACGUCUUCAGGGCGAGCACAGAGUCUGGGGGCGCGGGUUCAGAGAACCUGCUAGAUCUCGAUGUCGUGAGCGAGACGAAGGACGACCAGGAGCGCGUCAAGAUUGGCCAGUUCGUAGAUGAGAUCGAAGAGAGACUGGGUCGCCUCAACAAGAUCUCGCAUGAGCGCAGUCAAGUGCUCAAGGAUCUUAAGGAUAAGAUACAACAAGACGACGUAUCCCACCUGCUUCUACUCAACCGGCGCAACACUGGCGUGGAAUCCACACUGUUCGCCGGAGAGCUGGAGAAGUUCCGACCCUACCAACAACGACUAGCGGCCACAGUCCACCACGAGCAGCUCACAUUGCAGGAGCUGACCCAGCUAUGGCGUGGCCUACGCGAUCUGGCCGGGCGGGGGUCAGGUGCGAAGCAGUGGGAAGAGCGCGAACGACGCAAGAAGGAUACUGUUCGCAGGUUCUCGCGCGCGCGGGACGUCUACAUGGAAGUGCGAGAUGGACUUGCCAAGGGAUUGCAGUUCUACACCGAGCUUACGGAGCUGGCGGGCUCUUUAAAGCGCAACGCGGACUCCUUUGUGUCUGAGCGCACAGCGGAGCGCGACGCUCUCGUUUCACAGGCGGAGAUGGAGCGCAGGCUGGCGAUCCCGAAGUCUACGCCUUCUUCGAGACCCGGUGACAAGCCACCAAUUCCUCCACCUCCGCCCAAGCCAUCAAGCGGCCUCGAGUCGUCGUUUGCUUCCAUGAACCUCCGUGGUACCCCGCCGCCUCCCGCCGCUCCGCAGAACCGAUGGACGUCCCCGCCGCCACCCGCAUCACACUACCCCACGCCACCGCCCUCGCAGUCAUCAUACCCGGCCCCACCCUCGCAGUCUUCGCAGUCCUUCCCUCCGCCACCGCCUAGCAACCAGUCGUCCGCACCAUACCUUCCAUCCCCGCCUUCCCAACCUCCUUCCCAGCCGUCUUAUCAGCCGUCGGCACCGCCCUCGGAUCCGUAUGCCUCGCUUGGCAUGUUUGGCAGCAGCAAUCCUGCCUCGCCUCCGCCAGCACGCCCGCCUCCGCCCCCGCAGCAGCAGUACUCCUCGUAUCCGCCGCCGCCUCCGCAAGGGCAGCAACAGACGUACGGACAACCUCAGCAACAGCAACAGCAGUCGCCUUACCCUCCCCCACCACCGUCACAGUCUCAGUACGGUGGGUAUCAGAGCCGUCCGGCCGUGUCGUCGCCAUUCCCGCCACCCCCACCACCGGUGAACUAUGCAUCGCAACAGUAUGGGACGUCUCCGCCGCCUCCGCCUCCACCUGGGUCGCAGCCGCAACAACAGCAGUCGCAACAGCAGCAGCAGCAGCAGCAGCAGCAGCCACCGUACUACUACCCUGGUUAUGCGCAACAGGGCUCGCAGCAGCAGUAUCAGUACCCGCAAGGAUAUGGACGGUGA